CUUGCCCCUCCUAUAUAUAAUGAUGUUUAGCAGUCCUCUCACUCAUUCAUUCUAAACUCAACUCACCCUACUGCGGCUAAGAUGAAUGGCGUGGGCAACAUUGAAGAGAACACUGAUGACGAGGAUGAUGAUGGAAUUCAUUUCCAGCAAGGAUCCUCUUCAUGGAUUCUUCAUAAUUGGUUCAAUGAAUCACCAAGUUAAUGACCCUAGUGAGCUAGGGAAAGAUGAUCUCAAGCAUAAGGUUGAUGACGUCGUUCUAGAGACGGAUUCAAUUUUAAAAGAAUCAGGGCAUGGUGAUGCAAUGAAGCAACAGAGAAGUACAGAUUCAAGGACCACUUCGCCACCUGAAAACUUGGGUUUCAUGAAUGCAGCCAAAAAAGAACUAGAUCCAGAAGGCCACCUGAAAACUUGGGUUUCAAAGAAAAGACGUUGGAGACCUAAUUUUUUGAAUAAACCAGAGGUAGGCUAUGAUCAUGCUUGGUUAAGUGGAGAAAGGAGAUCAAAAGGUCGUAUUCUCUUGAAGGGUUGCGGGAAAGAUGCUAAACCAGGAGCUAUAACCAAGAAGGAAGUCUCGCAACCUACAUUGGUUGCUUUAGAAGAAUUUGCUGUCUUGGAGGCAUUAGAAGAGAAACAUGAAAAAGACGACAAGAAAAAUGAACCUGCCAGAUAUCGUGAUAAAAGACGACGGUCAUCAUUUGAGGAAUCAGGAGCUGAGUUAAAUCAAACAGCAUUGGGCUCUGUUUUCUCAAUCACCAAAGAAAGCAACUUUGCCAAAACCUUUGAAGAACAAUGUAAAAGAAAGAGCCCGCCAUCACAAAAAGAGGCAUUUGUUUCUGUCUCAAACACCAAAGAAAGCAACUUCCUCAAAACCUCUAAAGAACAACGUAAAAGGAAGAGCUCGCCAUCAAACGAAGAGUGUGAUAGAGCUACUUUAUUUUGUAAUAGACGUUGUCGAGGAAGGCAAACAAUCCAUCGUUGAGCAGAUGGGUAACACAAUGUGAAAAAUGCUUCAAAUGGAGGAUGAUUUCAGCAGAGUAAGAGUUUGAGGAAAUCAGAAGUAGAUUUAUUGAAGAACUCUUUUACUGCGGAAAAAAAAACCAAUGCUUUUUGCGAAGAACCAGCUGAUAUUGAGUACGAUUCUUUUCGAAUUUGGGCCAUUGACAAGCUCAAUCAGCCUAAAACCCCAACUGAAUUUAAGAGAGAAUUGUACCGGAGAAAAGAUUACCCUAAAAUGGAUGCUUAUUAUGUCACUCCUUCAGGGAAGAGACUAAGAUCUAUUACAAAAGUAUGUACUUUUCUUCAACAAAAUUUUGAGUUUAGUGACCUAUCAGUCUCGGAUUUCAGCGUUAAGAGCCCCAAAAUUAUGGAUGAUACUAUACCCUCUAGUAGCACUUAAUGAGUGCGUGGAUGGAGCUGAAAUUUUUGGUUUGUUUA